UGUAGUCUUUUAUAACUGUAAUUAAUAUCACGCUGCAGUUGGGAGACGCUGGGAACGUAUGAAGGAAGAGCGUGUGUGUGUGUUUUCUUGACUGACCGUUUUGCGUGACGAGUCCUCUCGCUACAUGUUCGCGCUUCAGCCGAUCAAUGAUCGUUGAGUCAUUUGGCUCUGGAUAGAACCGACACACCGCCGGACCGCGGGUUUGUUUAGAGCGCGUCACUUUUGGCGGCUCGUUCCAACCGAAGCGUCGCUUUUUCUUUCUGUUUCACCUUGAAGAUGAUGGGCUUCCUGCGCAGGACGUUUAGCCUCCGGUCUCGGAGACGCUUUCGACCUUCCGAUGAGAUCGACGGAGGCGGCCGAAGCGGAACCGCGGCACUUUACGCGCAACAGCAGCAGCAGCAGGUGAUGCCCGCGCCCGCUGUGGUGACCGGGGGCACCGUGGUUCAUAUCCCCGCUGCCGGCAACAGCAAAUCAGCCAUCACCUGCAGAGUCCUGCUGCUGGACGGAUCGGAUGUUAACGUGGAGUUACCGAAAAAUGCAAAGGGACAGGACCUGUUUGAUCAAAUCAUGUAUCAUUUGGACCUGGUGGAAGCUGAUUAUUUUGGACUGCAGUUCAUGGACCUAGACCAGGUCAUGCAUUGGCUGGAUGCAGUAAAACCCAUAAAGAAGCAGAUUAGCUAUGGGCCUCCAUACAGAUUAUUUUUCAGGGUGAAGUUUUACUCAUCAGAACCCAACAAUCUCCAUGAAGAGUUCACCAGGUACCUCUUUGUGUUGCAGCUCAGACAAGAUGUUCUGUCUGGCAAGUUAAAGUGUCCAUAUGAUAUGGCUGUGGAUCUUGGAGCUUAUUGCUUACAGAGUGAGAUGGGAGACUGCGACCCACUUGAACACACUCCAUUGUUGGUAUCAGAGUUUCGUUUUUCACCCAAACAGACAGAGAUCAUGGAGGCAGAUAUUUUCCGCAAGUGGGUAGAGUGCAGGGGAAUUAGUCCAUCACAGGCUGAAAUGAACUUUCUAAACAAGUGUAAAUGGCUGGAGAUGUAUGGAGUGGACAUGCACUAUGUGAAGGGUCGGGAUGGUGGAGACUAUGCUCUUGGUCUGACCCCAACUGGAAUUUUAGUUUUUGAAAGAACAAGCAAAAUUGGCCUCUUCUUUUGGCCCAAAAUUACACGACUUGACUUCAAAAAGAACAGGCUGACACUGGCAGUGGUGGAAGAUGAUGAUCAGGGCCGCGAGCAGGAACACACGUUUGUGUUUCAGCUCUCUAAUUCCCAGGUUUGUAAGCAGCUGUGGAAGUGUGCUGUAGAGAGCCAUGCUUUCUUUCGCCUUCGACAGCCGGCCCAAAGUAAAGCCAGUCGCAGCGACUUCACCCGCCUCGGCUCACGCUUCCGCUUCAGUGGAAAAACUGAGUACCAGGCGACUCACUCAGGCAGACUCAGGAGAGCGAGCACAUUCGAGAGGCGGCCGAGCAGAAGAUAUCCAUCCAGAACCCAUUCACUAGGCAAAGCCAUUACUCCAGCAAAACACCAACACCCAAGUACCCAGACUAGUCCUGAUCCCAGUCUCCAACCGUAUCAGCACAACAUUCCAAUUGCUCAGGAACCUUGUUCCAGAACGCACCCACCCAGUUUUACACCAUGUCUGCCUGAACUGAGACACAUGCCACCCCUGCCACCACCACCGAACAGACCACCCCACGCAGACAGAGGGGAUUUCAGCGAUGUAGUGCUGGAUGCUAGUUUUCCACUAAGAAGUCCAGAUAUCCAAAGGUUCAGCGUGGAAGAAAAUGAGACAGUGUUUUCUGCAAAGCACUAUCACUGCUAUCGAUGGCAUGGAUACGAGAAACAGGAUGUGCCAUGCCUUACAUUACCCAAAUCCAAGCAACUGGCUGUUCCUAAAGGAGAAGAUCUGAACCAAGUUCUGCGGAGCCCAAAUCAUUUGAACACGGAUCCUACACCCUGGCCGACGUUUCACAUCAAUAUUGACACAGCAGAGAAAAAGCCUUUAUCAGAGAAAAGUCUACCCUCCUCGCCCAGUGGUUUUCAAGAUCAACUCAAAAGCAAUAUUGUUAGGCAUGCAAUGCGCUGUGAGAGAGGAAAGUCUUCGGGGAAUUGUUCCAGUGGAGAUCAAAACAGCAGAAUUCUCAGCUCCUCUCAGGAUUCAGCAUCCAGCAGCACUACUAUGGAGAGGCCAAGGGUGGAGCGUCGAAAACGCCUAGUCAGGCAAUUCAGCUUUAACCACAGUGAUGAAGAUGAUCUACCGGAGGCACUUGCAGCUAUAACCUCUCAGAGCAACAUGCGAAAAUCAACAUCUAGCAGCUCACUGGACAAACAGGUCCAGCCUCCAAUCUACCCACCGCAGAAGAGUGUUUCGCCAUCAGAGCUUUGUGACAAAUCUCGGUUAUACCCAAGCUCUGUCCCUCACCUGCUCCCUUGCAAUUCUGACAGAUUCUUGCAUCUCUGCAAUGAUACUAAGAUCGUCUAAAAUGUG